GUGUGGUGAGCUCGGUGUGGUGAGCGCGGUGUGGUGAGCGCAGUGCGGUGCAGGUGUGCGAGCGAGGCGGCGCUAUGGACUGGCCGCAUCUCCGGCUGCUGUGGGUGCUUUGCUCGCUCUACUCACUGAUCGCGCGCUGCCGCUGCUUCCCACUCAGCGUCGAGGAGCUGGAAGACGAGGUGACGACUGCGGGCGCGGGCGAGGCGGACGACUCGGGCGAGAGGAAGUACACGACGAACUCAUGGAGCUUCGACGAUUACACGUCAGUGACUCCUCCGGCCGCGACGCGAAACGCGGCCGAUGUCGCCGCUGCCGGCAUCGAGGACGAGCUACACGCGCUGCGCAAGGUCGCCGAGAUCCUGCUGUUGCUCGGAGAACAGGUGAUUCCGAUUAUAAUAGGAGAUCCAGUCAACGACAGAUGUUACAAGAACAAAAAUGAUUUCAGAAGACACGGAGUAAAAGUCGCAACAAAAUUAUCUUGAAAAAAUGCAAGUGCCCGGAAAAAUUAAGGAAUAUUCCUCAAGUUUGAGAAACAUUCCAAAACCUGUGGUUACAAAAUCUAAAUUAUAAUUUAUAAGUCAGUAACAUAAAAUGACUAAUGUCGUUGAAACAUGUUAAUGAUGUUAAUACAUCAAUCAAUUAAAUAAUAGUCUAAAUAUACGAGUAAAUCACAUCUUUUUAUAUGUAGGUAAAAGUGCAGCCAAAAAUUGAAAGUCACUUGUAGAAUAUAUAUGUGUAUGUUUAUAAUAAGCGGGUUUUAUAUAUAAUAGUAGGCGAUGUAAUUAGACGCGCUCGUGAUAAUUGCGUGUAAGACAAACUUUUAAAUUGAAAACUGCUAAAAACUUGUGAAGUGUGCUUCAAACUCAUAGAACCUUGUUUGUUGAGCAUUGACAGAGCGACCUUAACAUUUCCAUAUGUGAAGUAAUCGGCGCAUCAUUUCUAAUAAACCGCCAGUAAAGCAGUGUACAAUAAAACUGUAGUUCUAUGUAUAGAUAUUAUUAGUAUGUAUGUAUGUAUGUAUGUAUGUAUGUAUUAUAAAUGAAAAGAUUGAAUAGUCCACGUUUGCAGAAUUGUGAUGUAAGGUUACAAUCAUGAUGGUUCAGUUUCGUACGGGUAGCGGUGCGUGCGAAUGCAACGUAUUCGUGACUAGCAAUUAUUUUGCCACAGACACUGAAUGUUCUGUUGAAGGACAUCAUAUAUAUUUAAUAUCAUAUUUAAGCUAUUGUUAUAUUUUUUGUAUACAAAUGAAGAUGUUAUAAUUCAUUAAGAUUUACGCUAUUGUCUAUUCUUUUAUGCUCAGUAAAACAAUUCGUCAUAACUUGAAAGACCUAGAAAAGAGUAAAAUAAACGAAUGACACACUGCUGUUUGAGUGUUUAUCUAACCGAACCUUGCUGUGCCUUGUUAAAAUUCCCUUAUCAAACAGUUUUACUUUUAAGAACAAUACGAAGCUCAGUUCACUGCGAAAACGGAUAAUUUGUUAACUAAAUAGGACCGGCACUAUUGAAGGUGUGCUAAAUUAUCAAAGGUUUAUCAUGUUACGGCUUCACGCGACGUGACCUCUGCAACUUAAUCGUUCACGCUGACACAGAAUGACUGUCAAUAACUUAAUCAAUCCUCGUUAAAAACACUGUAAGGUAUACAUAUAUAGGUAAAAUAAUUUUGUUAAAUGUUUAUAACUAUGUACAUAGUAGAUGUGCGUAGAUGUAUGGGUGCAAGUAAUACGAGAGGGAUGACGCACGAUAUGUUUUCCUCCGCCUCUGUGUUCUGGCUUCUGUUUAGGACCUGGCGUCCUGGCCGUCCCCACCGGAGUACAUAUGAAUUUGUCUGUGGACUGCCGCGGCGCGUGUUUGUUCUGUUGUUACAAAACUGUUAACGAAAUCAAACAAAUAUCUUAAGUCAAGGAAAUUAUUGGUAUGCGGGCCUUAAGGUCAUUGCUAUGGUCAAUAUUCGGUCGUUAAUAUAAUAAAUUAUUGAAUAAUAACGACACUAAAACCGUUCUGUGCAAUACUUUUAUUUGUGUAAUCAUUGCGUGCAGCACACUAUAAACAGACACGAAUCUAUGAAUCUAUUUUUUUUGUUUAAUGAAAGUAAUUAAACAGAAUUAUUGUGUUGAUUAAUGCUGAUAAAGUUGUUCGUUUAUGAAUAAUAAAUUUAUUUGACAACAAUUAAGUUUUCAGUGUCAUGUGAGUGACUUUUACAACACGACGCUGCCGCUACA